GGCAGCAGCAGCGGCAGCAGCGACAGCAGCAGCGCAGCAGCAGCGGCGGCGGCAGCGGCAGCACCAGUAGCACCAGUAGCAGUGGCGGCGGAGGUGCGGCCCCAUCCCAUGCACUGCACCAGAAUGAUACAGAUCUUGGACCCAAGACCCUUGCCAAGCUCCAUCAUGCCUGUGGACAUGGCCAUGAGAAUUUGCUUAGCCCAUUCUCCACCGCUGAAGAGCUUUCUCAGCCCCCUUGAGGACUGCCAGAGAAACAACUUUGUGAACAGAUUAAAACCUCUCAGACCGUGUCUCCAUGUGAAACGUGACAGCGAUGCUCAGAAGAAUGACUGGAACCACUCCUCAGCCCGAGCCAAGAAAAGAGUGGUGUUCGCAGACUCAAAGGGCCUGUCCCUGACAGCCAUACACACCUUCUCUGAGUUUCAGGAGCACCCUGGGUGGGAUCUUCAGUUUGAUCUCUUGGGCCUGGAAAACAAAACAUCUAGCUUAAAUCUACGUGAAGAGAAAAACUUGAUUCUGGGUUUCCCUCGGCCCUCAGCUGACUACCUGGACUUCAGGAACCGCUUGCAGAAGAACUUGGUGUGCCUGGAGAACUGCUCCCUGCAGGAGAAGGUACUGUCAGGCACCGUGAAAGUAAAAAAUGUGAGCUUCGAAAAAAAGGUUCAGGUUCGAAUUACCUUUGAUACAUGGAAGACCUACACGGAUGCUGAGUGUGUAUACAUGAAGAAUGUUUACAGCGAUUCUGAAAAUGACACCUUCUCAUUUAGCAUUGACUUGCCUCCUACCAUUUCCUCCGAAGAACAGAUAGAGUUUUGCAUUUCUUACCAAAGUGGAGAACACACUUUCUGGGACAAUAACGAGGGUCAGAAUUACAAGAUUCUCCACACAAAGUGGAAGCCUGAUGGUGUUCAGAUACCGUCUGCCAAGAAAGAAUGUGUAGAUCUUCAGACUCCAAGGAGAGGACAAGAGAGAGAGCCUGAUCAGCUAGGCAGUCCGAGGCUGUCCAGUGGUCUCUUUCCCCAGUGGCAGAGCUUGGGUCAGACUCAGAAUUCAUCACCAUAUUGGUGAUCAGUACUACGGAGGAAGCUUGCUUCCAUCUGGCAACAGAACGGUGUUAGUUCUCUGGUUCACAUACUACAUGAUAAAACCACCUGGCAGGUCUUGUUGGCUGUUUGAACACUAGUUUGCAGUACUUGUUAAACCAUAUUAUGCUACUGAAGUUCUGCUGAAGUAGCCAAAACUUAUCUUUGGAAAGAAGGAAAACCAAGGCAAAAACCAUAUGUAUGCCACCUCCUAUAGAAAUAGCAUGCUCAGAUCUUAAGUAUAUGCUGCUUUCUGCUGUUGACUCUGAGUCACUAGGAGAGAGACUCUCAUGAGGAAGUAUGGAAGUAUGGUAUCUUGGCAAGUUGUAGUAACUGCGUGUGUUGAGUGUGUGUGCGUCCACAGGGCCAUUUCAUGAACAGAACAUCACAACUCAUUGCAGCUAUUAAGAGUGCAGUAGAAAAGAGGUGAUGCUGUCAGGACAGAAGUUUGCUAUGGUCCUAUGUACUUGUAGCAGAGACAAGUGGGGAAUGCAUUGCUAGGAUUUGUAGCUUCAAGUUAAGGAACUCACAGAGGAUAAUGGAAAAGUGGGAGAAGGGGAAGAGGUAGGAUGUGCUGUAUAACUUGGAGACGUAUAGGGUUCUAAUUUUUUCCUUUAAGAGCUGGUCUUCUAAAUCCCAGAGAAAAUUCUGUAGACUAAGGAGAAAACAGAAAAUUAUGGAGAGUAGUUGAAGUGACCUCUGCUUUAGGAAGACAUCUCUGUCCUUGUUGGCUUUAUGAAUAGUAAAUGUCUUACAUUUGAGGACAAAUUUAAGCUUGACUUCAUCAUCCUACUCAGCAGGCAGAUGGUUACCUUCUAAUGUUAAAAGAAAAAUGUGCCUUUUAUUUGUUUUAAAAAAAACCAAACAAACCACCCUACAUGCCAAAAAUAGCGUUAGGCGACAAAAAAGUGAUUUAUGAACUUCUUAGCCUGUAACAGCAUUAGAUCAUUUGACUCAUCAUCUGAUCUAAUCUUGCAACAUCUGAUGGUCAAGUAUCCUGCUCCAUAUGGCAAAGUUGGCAAUGACUUUUCAGAAGAGUGUAACAUAGGCAAGGUCCUUCAUAUUGAAGACAGUGAAUUAGCUGCACUUUGUGAAAGCUGGUUUUCUUUAAAAGAGCAGGGGUGCUCCUAUUUUUUUCUAGACUGAGUAUAGGCUUGCGUAUAGAAAACUGCUCUGGUUUAUUGUACCUCAUUUAUUGAAGGUUGGGUUUUUUUAGACUUCUGUAAACUAAUGUAUAUUUUUGUAUCUGUAUACUUACAAUUUAGCCUUCUGAGCUAUCAAACUGUAAAGAUGAUCUGUGUUUCCUGCAAGACUCUCUGAAAAAUUGCCCAAUACAUACUCAGCAGGUGUGAAGUCUGGCACACCUUUUAGCUGUUCAGAAACAGUGUUAACAUCAAAAUAUAAAUCACAUUUUUGCCUGUUGUUAAGAAAUAUAGUAUGUUGAGUCUGAAGCUACUUGCAGUGCACCAAGAUGAUAAAUACUAUGACAAAUUAAGCCUCCACUAAUUGCACUUUCUCCCCUGUGUAGCCCUUGCUGUUGUGUGUAAA